AUGACAUACGUGCGUGAUUAUCUACACCCCGAUACGUAUCUGGUGUGGAAGGUGCACGACGGGAGCGUCGUCGAGGCGCGGCGGCCGCCGUCGGUGAGCCAGCUCUUUGCGCCGUCCGCACCCGGCGACGAGCCGCCGCGCGUGCUCGAGCUGCACGAGGUGCUCCACGCGCUCAAGUGGGCGCAACGGGAUGAGCGCGUGCGCGGCCUCGUCGCCGACUUUAGCACGCUACAUGUGCCGCCGUCCGUGCCGCCGAAACGCCUUGGACUCGCGCAGAUCGAGGAGAUCCUGCAGGCACUGCACGACUUUCGCGAGGCCAAGCGCCAGCAGUUUGGCUCGGAUACCACGUCGACCGUCGCGUGGACGGAUACCUUUACGAGCCAGGGCGCGUACCUGCUGGCCUCGGGCUUUGAGCGCGUCUACAUGCAGCCGACCGGCCAGGUGCCGCUGGUGGGCCUUGCGUCGCAGAUGCCCUUCUUUAAGCGCCUGCUGAACUGGGCCGGCAUCAAGAUGCACGCCGAGGCGCGCGAAGAGUACAAGUCGAUGGUCAGCCCUUUUACACAGACCGAUUCGCUUACCCCGGCGCAGCUCGCGAACCAGGCCGAGCUGCUCGGCGAGCUGAACCAGGGCUAUGCGCAUGCCGUGGGCGUGCAUCGCUUUUCGGGUGAGGACGCAGAAAAAGCCGCGGCGCGCGUCGCAAAGCUCGCCUACGACGGACCCUUUUCCGCACGCGAGGCGCUCGAGGCGGGCCUCAUUGACGGUACGCGCUUCAAGCGCGACGUGAUUGAGGAGCUCGCGCCGGGCGACGCGUCGAAGCGCUGGAAGACGCUGGCGCACUAUGUGCAGCUCAGCGAGCGCAAGCUGCGCGACGUGCUGAGCGACGACCAGGUUGUCAAGGUCGGUGUCGUCUACCUCCUCGGCACGAUCAGCAACGCGUCGGGGCCGCACUCGGUCGGCGCGGCGGUGCAAGGCCUCAAAGAGGCCGCCGAGGCCAAGGAGAUCAAGAGCAUCGUGCUGCGGAUCGACUCGGGCGGCGGCGAUGUCGUCGCAAGCGAGACGCUCUGGGACGCGGUGCGGCGCAUCCAGGACGAGCACAAGAAGCCGGUCGUGUGCUCGUUUGGCAACACGGCCGCGAGCGGCGCGUACUACAUCGCGACGGCCGCCGACGCGAUCUUUGCGUCGGAGAGCACCGUGACCGGAAGCAUUGGCGUCGCGGCGCUGCGGCCGACGAUUACGCAGACGCUCCUCGACCGCCUGCAGCUGCAUGUACAGACGCUCUUUACCGGAUCCACCUCGCAGAGCGCGCUGCAGGAGCUCAGCAGCGAGCAGCGCGCGCGUAUGGAGCGGCAUAUUGACGAGACCUAUGCCGAGUUCCUUGCCAAGGUGCGCGACGGGCGCAGCAUGUCGGACGAGGCGCUGCGCACCGUGGCCGGGGGCCGCGUCAUGACCGGCCUUGCGGCGUGGACGCUGUGCGACGGCGCGCACGCCAAGGUGCCAGAGCUGCUUGCCGCGUUCAAGAGCGGGCCGGCGCCCGAGCGCAGCACCUGGGCGACGCACGCGGAUGCCAACGCAUCCGGCAUUGACGCGGUGCACGUUACGCGCGCCGCCGACACGCCGGCCGACCCUGCGGACGAGACGCCCGACGCGGAGCUUGCGACGGCGCAGGCCGGCGCGCUCGCCGCGGACCUCGCGGCGGUUGCGCCGCCGUACGGCCGCGGCCUCAUUGACGCGAUCGGCGGCCUGUGGGAGGCGGCGCUGUACGCCACUGCGCGCACGCUCCAGGUCGAGCUCGAGGAGCUGAAAGAGCGGCUCGGCCUCGACGACGAAAAAGCGAUGCCGCUCCUGCGCCCGCAGUGUGCACGCACCGGCAGCGGCGACGCAGUGGCUCUGUCGGCAGACGUGCGCCUCGUGCGCUACCCCGCCGAGCGCCCGUUCUGGCAGCGGCUGCAGCAGUAUGAUCCGCGCACCGAGCCGAACCUCGCGCUGCGCGUCCUCGCCGCUUUCCUGCAGCCGUGGGUGGCGUGGCAGGCACCGAGCGUCGCCGAGGCGCUCGACGCGCUCGAGGAGCGUGCAUCGGGCCUUGCGACGGCGCGUAUGCAUGCCGAGUACCCCUUCCGUACCGAGUAUCUGUAG